AUGGGGCUGGCGCCGGGGCCACCAGGCUCCCGGGAUCUCAGCUGCGUCUCCUACAAACACCCGAGCGUGCGGGGCAGCCUGGGGGGGGGCGCGGGGGGGGGGCCCGUGCCCGGCACCGUCCGCUGCCCCCCCCGCCACUGCUGCAUCGGCAUCUGGAACCGCAGCCAGGCCCUCGUGCAGGGCUGCUGGGGCGGCGGGGGGGCCGGGUGCCCCUCGGCCGCCUGCGCCCCCAGCCCCGCGGGCGGCCCCGGCGCCACCGUCCGCGUCUGCCUCUGCCACGGCCACCUGUGCAACCGCAGCGGCGACGGCGGCCCCCGCGCCCCCCCGGGGCUGCGGCGGGCCAGGGCGCGGGGGGGGCGGCCGCCCCGGGGGGGCUCCGCGCCCGGGACCCCCCCCGAGCUGCCCAGCCAGGAGCUGCAGGCGCUGCAGUUCCUGCAGGUGCUGCAGGCCGGGCGCUUCUCGGCCGUGUGGCGGGGCAGCCUGCGGCGCCGGCCCGUGGCCAUCAAGGCGUUCGCGGCGGGCGCGCGCGGGCGCUUCGCGCUGCUGGGCGCGCGGCGCGCCGGGCCCCGCGCCCGCGGCGGCCUGCUGCUGCUGCAGCUCUACCCGGCCGGCUCCCUGCGGCGCUUCCUGCGGCAGCACGUGGGCACGUGGGCGGGCAGCCUGCGCCUGGCACUCUCGCUGGCGCGCGGCCUGGCCUUCCUGCACCAGGAGCUGUGGCGCGACGGCCUCUACAAGCCGAGCGUGGCGCACCGCGACCUGAGCAGCCGCAACGUGCUGGUGCGCGACGACGGCUCCUGCGCCAUCGGCGACUUCGGGCUGGCGCUGGCGCUGCGCAGCGGCGCCCGCCCCGACGCGCCCAUCCGCAAGGCGGGCACCCAGCGCUACCUGGCGCCCGAGAUCCUGGACGAGAGCCUGGACCUGCGGGCGUGGGGCCGGGCGCUGCGCCAGGCCGACAUCUACGCGCUGGCGCUGCUGCUCUGGGAGAUCCUGUCGCGGUGCCAGGCGCUCAGCCCCGGUGUCCCCAGGUGUGCCCAGGAAGUCCCAGGGGUGCUGGGGGGUGUCCAAGGGGUCCCCAGAGGCUUCCAGAGGUCUCCAGGAGUGCCCAGGGAUCCCUAG